ACCAGGUCCUAAAAAUAAGGGGAGGAAAGAGUGUCUCAUGGAAAAUUUCUAGGAACAUGUCUUUGCAUUUGAAUACUUCCAGGACUUGACUUUGUCAACAGAUUCAGGACUUGACUUUGUCAACAGGGCAGCUGGCAGAGGCUGCUCCCUGGCGUCCUGGGUGUCAGGGUCCCUCUGCCCAGUCUGGGGAGUGCCUGACUCAGGCAUAGUGGGCCGUGGGGGCCAGUCCCAGGAGUUAGGGCGCCCCCCAGGCGCCUCCAGAGAUGAGGGGAACUGGCAGCAGGCGACAAUGGCCUCUGUGUGCUGCUCACGGUGGGGGCGUGGACAGGCAAAUCAGCACCGGCUCAUAUAGGGCCUCCAGCCCAGCCGGGCGCCCCACCACUGGGAUGCAAGGCCUGGAGCCACCCAGCUCUGGGGGCCCGGGGGCCCCAGGGGGCAGCCAGGCCCUGGCCCAGCUGCAGGAGCUGGCUCUGCACUGGUUCACGGAGACGCAGGCCCCCCUCAUCCUGCAGAGCGGGACCCUGCCCUCCUGGUUCCACGGCUUCAUUACCCGCAACCAGACGGAGCGCCUGCUCAGGGACCGAGCCCUCGGCUGCUUCCUCAUCCGCCUCAGCGACCGGGCUGCCGGCUACAUCUUGUCCUACAGGGGCAGCAACCGCUGCCGGCAUUUCGUCAUCAGCCAGCUUCCCAACCGGCGCUACCUGGUGUCGGGGGACACGCGCAGCCACGGCUCCCUGGCAGAGCUGGUGCGCCACUACCAGGCUGCGCGGCUGCAGCCCUUCGGGGAGACACUGGCCUCGGCCUGCCCGCGGCUGGAGGACAGCGACCUGUACGACGCCAUCGCCCUGGGGCUGCCCCCGGCCGGCCCGGCUGCCGCGACGCCCCCCAGGAGAGUUGCAGACCCGGCUGCAGGCCCGCCGGACUCCUCAGAGCCUCGGGCCUCCUUCCCGCACACCGGGGCCAGGGGCUCCAGGCAGCACGGCGAGGAGGGCCCCGACAGGGUGCCCUCUCUGCCCGAGAGAAGUGUCUCCCUUCUGGACGCGUCCUUCGGCAGGCCCUGUGAUGUUAUCUACGCUGACCUAAGGAAGAUGAACCGGCUGCGGCGGGACCCCAAGGGGUCGGUCUUGCCCCAGGCUCCACGGAACUCGGACAGCCAGGAUGGCCCGAGGCCUUCCCCCACCGGCCUGAGCCCCGACGUAGCCCCCUCCUCCCGAGGCCUCCUUUCCUCUGUCCCCCCUGGCCGGAGCCCUGAUGCAACGGCUCCCUCCCAGGGAUUCCUGUCCCCUGGCCCGGGGGCUGCUGGCUGGAGCCAGAGGUCUCUGAAGCUGAGCCAGGAGCCCCCACCUGGGCCCGCAGACACCUACCAGCUCAUUGGGGCCUCCUGCCUCCCGCUGGAACCCAGGCCCACCGCAGACACCUAUGAGCACAUCCCCCUCGGCAGGAGGGGCCGCAACCAGCCCCCGCACCCCGGGGCCAGCCCCACCCACAGCAAGCUUUCAGGGCCCCUGCACAGUGACUAUGAGAACAUCUCGGGGGGGCCUCUGCUCCCCGAGCCUGGGAACACCUAUGAGCAGAUCCCAGCAGCCAGGAGCACGGAGCCUAGAUGGCCACAGAAGCAAAACCCUCACCCCAUGGGUGCAGGCGGCCGGCUGCCCCCUGGCCUGGGCUCUAGCAUAGCCCUCACCCCAUGGGUGUAG